ACAUAGUCUCUAUAAUCUAUGAUUGAACCGCUUAUAAACUUAUUCGCGUCUUCCGUUUACUAAUCUUUAUUGUUAUUUAUUUGUUAUUGUUUAUUCUCCUAUGUUUUUUUUAGGAAUAACUAUGAAAUUAAUUAAUUAAUAUAGCGCAUAAAAUAUUGUGUUAUUUACUAAAUAUCACCAGUUUCGCAUUGAGAUAUUUAGCUUUUUAUAAAGGGUAUUUCUAAAUGGAACAGAACUUCAGAUGGACGUGGAUUCAAGCUGUCCAUAUACAAUAAUUAUUGAGACAACUGUCAAAGGAAUAUGGAAAGGAGCUGUGAACAAUCUACAGUAAUGUAAAAAGAAGUCCUGCACAAGAAGUCUAAAACAUGGAUGAUGUAAAACCACAAAGUGAAUUAAUGGUACCAAAACCACCGAACGUACCACAAGAGACAAACGAAGAGGUAGUCGGAGAAAUUCUCGGAGUGGACGAUGUGACUAGUCGCCUCAUUGAACCAGAUUCAGCCAGCGAAGGUAACAGUGAUUACUAUGAAGACGACGAGGACUUUGGACCGCACUAUAUGACAUUGUGUGAAGCUGCACAAAUAGUCCGCUUGGAGAUACUGUAUGAAGAUGAUCAAUCUGAUAAUGAAGGUGCAGAAAAUGAAGCAGACCCUGAUCAGAUCGGUGCAGACAAAACAGAGAAUGCUACAAAACAAGAAGAAUUCGCCUGGACAGAUGAUUUCAGUACGUUUACUUCUAAAAAGGAGUUGUACGAACGAUCUCCCGGGCCUACUGCGUAUUCACAAGAUCCAGCCGAACUCUUCACUUUUAUAUGGGAUGAGGCGAUUAUUACAUCUAUUGUCGAGGAAACUAACAUGUAUGCGUGGCAAAUUAUCGAUACGUACGCAGAAAUAGGGAAAAUUCCAAAAUAUUUAGAGAGCUGGGAAGACACUACAGUUUCUGAGAUGUAUAGAUUCUUCACCAUUCUCUGCCUCAUGGGAGUAGCUUACAGACCCGAUAUGAAAAGAUAUUGGUGUACAAAAGGCUUUGGAAUGCCAUACAUACAGACGAUCAUGUCCCAGGAUAGGUUCAACCAGUUGCUGAAAUGUCUUCACUUCACAGACAACUACAUACUCUCGCCGUCUUUAAAGGGCAACGCCCGUAAAGUGGCCAAGUUUGAGCCCAUUCUCCAACAUUGUAAUGAGAAAUUUUCGUCCCUUUACGUGCCCAGGCAGGCAUUGAAGCUGGAGGAAUCCUUGCUUUUGUGGGACGGCCAAAUAAAAGAUGAUCCAGACAUCUGUAUAAAAUGUUUGGAGCUGCGAGAGGCAAAGACUGGAUAUCUCCUCAAAUACUUAUUCCAGCCGUACGAAAGUACGAACGAACCCCGAGGCUUCGGCGACGAGACUGCUAACGUGCUCAAGCUUAUGGAGGACUAUUUAGAUGUGGGACAUAUGUUGCUUGUUGACAACUGGUAUGAUCAGUUGUCGCUGUCCAGAUAUUUAAAAACGCGGUCUACAGACGUCGUUGGACAAAUUAAGAAGUAUCGCUCAAAGCUACCGCCAGACGUGAAGAAUGCGAGUAAACGACGUCUACGCGACACGCCAGGGAAUUGCAUUCAUAAACAUUGUGGCGACAUAUCAUUGACCACUUGGAAUUACUCUAGCGUGGUUACAUCAAUCACAUCUACAUAUCACGGAAACGAGUUUCACGACGGACGCCCAGCAGCUUUCCACACGUACUUGAAGUAUACGGCGGAUACGGGGACACAGGACCAAAUAUUAUCGACAUACUUGUUCGCAAAGAAAAGAUCUCAGAAAUGGUACUUCAGAGCUCUAAGGAGUCUCAUUUACACGAGCGUUUUAAAUGGAUAUAUUAUCUAUAGUCAUAACCCUAUUACGAAGCAUUAUUUGCCACAAACUGAUUACUUCUUGAAGGUUUGCAAGGGCUUACUGCUGAGGUAUCCUAGACCAAAGAUACCACCACUGGUCCCCGAAUCGGUCUGGUUCGACCCAAAACAUCAUAUGCCAAGAUUACCUGAUGAGGAUUCAAUAGAGAGAAGAUGCGCACAGUGCUUCAUCAUGCAGCCAAAUACAGAACUUUUAUAUAUGUGUAACAGAUGUAAAGUAUUUUUGUGUGUUGACAAUUGUUGGAGAAAUUAUCACUCUGUUGACAACGUGGUAGCGCAGCGGCGCAUGGUAUGUCCAUAAUUAUAUAUAUCUAAGUUGUAAAAAAAAAAUAACUUUAUAGGUUUAUAUGUUCAUGUUCUCUCAAGUACAAAAUAAGAAUUAAUAAAAAUUGUUUUUGUCUAUAAAAA